AGUCGUCAAAGAGUGCACCAAUCACCAUUAAACCAUAUUUUGGUAGAAUCGUGCCUAACCAUCAAUAGUUGAGGUAUUACACGAAAGGUCCCACGAAUUUUAUCACCGAUUGAUUGUCAAACGAGUACGAGUGCUGAUUAGUUAAGUCUCCGGCCCAAAUUCCAUUUCCCACCACCACGAUUAAAGAUAUUCUAGUGGAUCCUUCAGGCUUUUGAAAAUCCAUCACGUAGUCUCUUGCAAUUGGUCACACCAUUUGAACUUAGCAAUUUGUUUUUCUAGCUUCGAACACUACUCAUUUUCUUUUUGAUUUGUCUUAUCUACUGAUUCGGUCUGCUCUUAUCUUAAGUUAUAAAACAACUUUAUCUUGUAUUCCUUGUUGUACGUUAAGUCUUGUAUUUCUUCUAACAUUUUGUAUACAUAUUUUAUACCCUUUUGUCAAAUGUUUUCUCUUACUCUUUUUAAUCUUAGGGAGUAAAGUUUCAGUUCAUCUUGUUUAUUUUUGUCGGCAGCAUCUUGUUUGAACCCUACAUUUUGUUUUGUAACUUUGAGCUGUAACGUUUUCUCUCUAUCAUGUGUUCUUUGUAUAUAAAUCUUAAGCUUUAAAUUUUACUCAUUACUUUUAGUUUUAGAUUGUAAAGUUUUACAUUUAUCUUUUGUUCUUUGGUUUUAUAUCCUAUGGUUUAGAUUUUACUCAUUUCUAAGCUUAGAUUGUAAAGUUUUACAUUUAUCUUUUGUUCUUUGGUUUUAUAUCCUAUGGUUUAGAUUUUACUCAUUUCUAAGCUUAGAUUGUAAAGUUUUUAUGUUUAUCUUGUUGUCCUCUUUUUUUUUUCUAUAUAAAAAGUGUGCUUUAGUUUAAGAUAGCAUCUUGUACGUAUUUUAAUCUCUCGUAUGGGUCCGAGAUGUUUGAGGGCUGAUGCUGCAAGUCCAGACGGAUUCCAACUAUUACCACCACCUAACCUCUCCCAUUCACAUAUCUUGCUUCUUACUUUCCCUUUCCACCAUCUCUCUUUCUCUUUUGCCUCUCUAAAAAAAAAACAACAAACAGAAAAAGUGGACGAUGCAAGAACUUCCAGAUUGCUUGUACGAGGGAAAUCAACCAGCCCUAAUCACUCCUUCAUCCCCCACACCAAAUCACUCUCUCUACCUUUCCAACCUAGACGACCAUCAUUUUCUCAGAUUCUCUAUCAAGUACCUCUACCUUUUCCAAAAGUCUCCUUCCUCUCAAACCCUCAAAGAUUCUCUGUCUAGGGUUUUAGUCGAUUACUACCCACUCGCUGGCCGGAUCAAAGUCUCUGACGUCAGUGCCAAGCUCGAGGUUGACUGUAAUGGGGAAGGAGCAGUUUUCGCGGAAGCCUUCAUGGAUAUAACUUGUCAAGAGUUUCUUGAACAUUCACCCAAGCCAAACAAGUCUUGGAGGAAGCUCUUGUUUAAGGUUCAAGCACCUAGUUUCUUGGAGAUUCCUCCUCUUGUCAUACAGGUGACGCAUCUCCGUUGCGGGGGUAUGAUCCUCUGCACCGCGAUCAAUCAUUGCCUUUGUGACGGCAUCGGCACAUCGCAGUUCCUACAUGCAUGGGCCCAUGCAAAUAACACCAAUGCUUCUCUUCUGGUCCAACCGUUCCAUUCUCGACACAUGUUAGACCCACGAGAUCCACCGCGUGUCACACACUCACAUCCCGGUUUCACCCGAACCACCGUAGAAAAAACCUCAACCAACUUCAACAUCUGCAAGUAUUUACAGUCCCAACCGCUAGCUCCCACCACCCUAACCUUCACACCAUCCCUAAUCCUAAGGUUAAAGAAAACAUGCGCUCCCUCGCUAAAAUGCACCACGUUCGAGGCACUAGCUGCUCACACGUGGUGCUCUUGGGCUCGAUCUCUUGACUUGCCGUUGACCAUGCAAGUCAAACUUUUAUUCUCAGUCAAUAUGAGGAAGAAGCUGAGUCCAGAACUUCCUCAAGGGUAUUAUGGUAAUGGAUUCGUGCUGGCUUGUGCGGAGAGCAAGGUUCAAGACCUAGUCAGUGGUAAUAUUUACCACGUGGUGAAAUUAGUACAGGACGCGAAAGCGAGGAUCACCGACGGAUAUGUAAGAUCAACGAUAGAUUUACUGGAGGAUAAAACAGUAAAAACGGACGUCUCAUGCAGUUUGGUUAUCUCGCAAUGGGCGAAGUUAGGAUUAGAGGAGUUGGACUUUGGAGGAGGAAAGCCAAUGUAUACGGGUUCUUUGACGAGUGACAUCUACUGUUUAUUUCUGCCGGUGGCAGGAAACUUAGAUGCGAUUAAGGUUCAGGUGUCGUUGCCGGAGGAUGUUGUGAAGAGGCUAGAGUAUUAUAUGGUUAAGUUUUUAGACGGAAAAGACAAGGAGGAAGACCAUUCUCUUGCAUAAUAAAGUUUUGAAAGAAAAAAAUAAUUUCAGCGAUCUAUAUCUCCUAUAAAGUAAGUCGUGAGAGAUAAAAACAUUAAUCAAUGGUUUCGAUGAGAAAGAAAGUCCUUCGCGUGUCGGGUUUUCAAGUGAUCUAAGUUUGUCUUUGUUCACUGGAAUAAUUAUUAUCUUGUUUGUAGAAGAUGAAACCAUAUAAGUAAUAAGUAAAAGAGUUUAAAAUUCAUAUAUAAAAGAGUUUAAGCAAAAAUCAUGUUGGUG